AUGUCGACGCGCGUGGCGACGGCGUCGACGACGGCCGCGCUUCGACGGUCGUCCGCUCCACACGCACCUCGCGCUCGCGUCGUGCGUGUUCGAGCGUGUCGAGAGUGCGUGUCGUCCUCUACUUCAUCCUCGUCCUCCAAGUCCUCGAGUCUUCUUCCGCGCUCGCUCGUUCGCUCGCGAUCGCACGCGCUCGCCGCGACGUCUCGAGAGCCCAAGGACGACGCGUCGACGAGCGGACGUGAGGACGAACAUGGCCCGGACGAGGACACGGCGUCGAUGAAGAUCGCCAUGGGACUCUUGGACUUUUACAAGCGAGAGGUAUCGCCGCUGCUGCCGAAGAGCUGCCGGUACGUGCCGACGUGCUCGGAGUACGCGAGACAGGCGUAUAAGAAGUACGGCACUUCAAAGGGAUUCGUUCUCACGGCGUGGAGACUGCUGCGGUGUAAUCCAUUGCCGCUGUUGGGGGGGAGCGGUUACGAUCCUCCGAUGUGGCCGCCGCCGUACUUGGGCUCGGAUCCGGCGGAACUGUGA